AUGCCAAAAAUUAAUGCUUAUGAAAAAGCUUCUGUUUCAAAAUCAUCGUUGCGUGAAAUUCCUCUUGCAAAAAUAAUUUUGCCGUUUCCGCCGAACCUCACUCCAGCCGAAGUAUUUGCGAGAAAAAUUAAUGGCGAUUAUCCGUCAAAAGCUCCAAACAAUUUUAUAAUCUAUCGAAGUGCAUUUGUCAAAGAAUUUAAUUCUAAAGGCAUUUAUCCACCAAUGAAAGUUCUUUCUCCAAUUAUUUCUAAAAGAUGGAAGGAAGAACCAGACUUUGUCAAGGCGUAUUACUCUUCGCUCGCGUUCAAUGCGACAAAAUUAUUAAGCGCAGCUGGAGAUGGAUUUUCUAAUAUUGAUAGUAAUUUUUAUUCAAAACCUACCACGAAGAAAAUUGCAUUUAAUAACUAUUCAAAAAUAUAUAAUAAGAAAAAGGCAAUCGAAAAAGGUUCGCUAAAUUCUAAUAAUUUAGCCAAAGAGCAAGAAAAAGAAUACAGAGUGACAGAAACAACAGCCUCAGUCGAAAAUCUUAUUUUUCAAGAAAUCCAUCAGCAGCCGCAUCAACAACAAUUUUUAAUCGAUCAUAAUCUUUCAAAUUUUGAUACGAUUUUUAACGACGCUUCAAAUUUCGUACAUGCUCAUCAACCAUAUGAACCUAAUUUGCAGCAAAACGAAUCACCGGCAGAAAAUAGUUUACUAAUAACACCUAUCGAUUAUUUACCAUUUUAUGAGAAUUUUUUGCAAGAUUUGAGUCCUAUACCAUCUAAUCAAUCUAUUAAUACCAGUCCCAUCUCCACAACCUUCUCUCUUGAUGAACAUAGAUGUCCUGGUUUACAAGAAUUAUGCAAUUGUUCUGCAACUUCCUUCUCUUCAGCUUAUAACUCUCUUUAA